AUGUGCAAGAUCAUCAGGUUUCGCUAUACUAAGUGCUACAGGCCCUCGGAUGCGGGUGAUGACUAUGAUGAACAUACCCCAGAAAAUCUUUGCGAUGGCGGCGUUGAGGAGCUAAAAUUACCCUGCUUCGUCGAAGUUUGUGACAAGCACAAAGAUGGAGUUCCCCAAUACACCUUCCCCUUCACCGGUUGGGCAAACGAAUCGUCGAAAUGCGAACCUUCAGUGAAGAUUUGUUAUCUUCCAACAUACUGCGCCGCUCAUCGUGAGGCCAUGUCCCGCAACGACCUGCCCAUGCCUGUUGACGACAACAUUCACACUGAGCCCGAACUGCCGCUGGAAGAAUUCGUCUGGCAUAUACCCCGAGUGCAAUGGAAGGAUCUAAGUUUUCGUAUGGUGGAUUGGAAUCCAGAACCGAGAAAGGUGCCUCUAGACCACCCCAGCAGUCCUAAAACACAAUCCACUUUCAACCCUGAAGACGGCGGCGUCAUCAACGCUUUUUACGAUGCUGAACAUUGGAUAUCAGCCGAUGGCCGUCCGAUAGAUUUGCUGGAGAAUCAUUACGAUGAUGCAGAUAUCAAUGACAGGCCCGCCGGCCCGAGAACCAGGAGGCCAGCUAUGCCAUCACUGGAAUCAAAGCCUCCACAAGGAGACCAGAACCCAGGUUCUCAAUCGACUCAGCCUGGGGUGCAGCCUACCAACUCUCAAGAAUCAUCACAAGCGCAUGUUUCUCAAGGGCAACCCUCAUACAACCGCUUUCAGGAAUCGCAGAGCAGUAUCAAAACCACACAUCCAGCGGCUCCAUUGUCAGGUAAUCCAUUCGGAACGUGGCGAGAGGCAUCGAAAUCCAGGUUGUCGGCCUUGGAUUCGUCGGCAUCAGAUGGCUCUUCCUCAUCAUCACCAUCUGGCCGGGGAACCAUGGCCCAGACUUUCAUGAAUCAUCUGAAGAAGCGCAAGAGAGGUUACCAGCCGCGGGGUUCGUCACGCACCAAGCCCUCUUCGGUUCCCGCGACGCAAACAUCAGUGCAGUCCGCUGCGCGGCUGCGAAGGCUACUACUUGAACGCGUCCCUCGUCUCGACACGGACAUCCCAGGAGGACUUUCCGACGUUUCUUAUACUGGUCAGCACCGAGAUCCCGAACAGACCGCGGUCGAGAUGUCGCCAGACGAAGUGAAUCAGGCCUGGGAGACCUUGAUCAAGGUGUACCAGAACGGCGAGCGCGAUUUCAGCCCAUUCAGCUACCCUCGGCAGCCCGUCCUACGUAUUCGAUUGUUGCUACGCUCAGGCCCUCGCGAUUCGACCAGUCCAACUAUCUCGACUCCAGUUGGUCCAGAAUCAAUUAGAAGAUCUGUAGCCAGUCAAUCGCCAUCACCAGACCAAGAUGCUGCCCCACAAGGACAUGAAGUACCCGACGAUGAUAACGAAGACGAAGAGGAGCAAAAGCCUCCCAAAAGACUCAAGCUCAUAAUGAGAGCAGCUACGCCCGUUGCAAAGAUACAUCACAUGAACCUUAGGUCGCGAGCACCCAAGCCUGCCCCGACUACAACUCCAACUCCAGCAUCCAUGCAACCAAAUGGCCCAGUCGCCAGAACAGUAGCAAGAGGCAGAGCCGGCACCGCCGCUCGAGCUGGGACUCGCGCCAAAUUCACCAAGACGACAAACAAAGGCAAAUCUGCUGCUACUACGAAGAAUAAGGUUCGACAAGGGACCAGAAUUCAAAAGAAAAAGAAGAAGACGACCCCACCAGCGCCAGGCCCAGGGCCUAUGACUCGCGCCCGACGCAGAGCACAAGGCGCCCAGCUUCAUGCGGGACUUCCUUGA